AUGAUGCCCCGACAAAAUGGAUCAGUCACAGAGUCAUCAACCUUCCCCAGUCACACUACUGCAAAUGUGGCUGGAACCUCUGAUUUAGUGCAUAGCCAAAGAACUGAGCAUGCCACUGAACAAAGCGAUAGCUCAACAUUCCAAAUCAAUCCUACUCGUCAGCCUGAGCCUACUAGUUCAGUAGACUCUGGCACAUCAUCGCAGAAACACAUUCAACUUGUGCCAUCAAGGCUUCACCAUCAUUUGUUUGGUGACAGUUCUGCUUCAACGCCUGAAUUGAGUCCCAACGAAUCGGCGGUACAAGAUGAAUUAUUCGCAAAGUUGGAGCUUCCCAAACUCUACGGGCAAAAUCUACAAGAACAUUUCCUCGAGUUGGGCAUGAAACAAACUGCUGCCUAUCGAGAACAACUUGACAUAGCCGCGAAUAUGCAAACAAUGCCGAAGAUGCCCACAAAAUGGGUCUUGCAAGUGGGAUGGACGAAAUACGAAACUGUGAAAGCAAAAAAUGGCUUCAGAACCAUUUCAGAAAAGGUUCAUUCGCUGAAAACUUUUUGA